AUGUCGUUUUUCACCAGCAUUGCUACUCAGAACCAGAAACCUGUCGUACAAUCGCAAGGAACAUUGUCGGCUAUAGAAGAACUGAACCUAUUGAAGGAGCAUAUUGGAAAAGCAGAAGAGCGGUCGGAGCGUAGUGGAAUUACAAAGUCGUUCGAUGAUGAAGCGGAAAAAGAGAAACGCCGCAAGCGCUUGGAGCGAAAUACUCGUAUCGGUGGAGCAAUAGUUCUAGGAAGUAGUGUUAUCGGUUUCGUAGCCUUCUGUUUAUAUUAUGGUCGCGCCAAGCGUGACGCACUUGGAAAUGUGAUCCCAGACGAGUGGACUGGGUCCUAUCUGGCACCAUUCUAUCGUAUCGCAAAUAGCUUUAAAGUUUGGAGAGAUUUUGUUGUCGAACCUGCGCGUGAAAAGCUUCUUCCGGAUCCGCUUCCUCAUCCUUAUAUUCAGCCAAAAUACACCCUAGUGAUUGAGAUGAAGAACGUGUUAGUUCAUCCUGACUGGACCUAUAAGACGGGCUAUCGGUUUGUAACUUUUUUGCGACGUUUUGUCUUAGAAUUCUUUUUUUUGUGGAUCGUUAUUGUUGUUAUUUAUACGAGCGAAUCCAUGAUGACAGCCCAUCCUGUCGUGGACUCAUUUGAUCCAAAGCAACGUAUUAUGUAUAGACUAUAUAGGGAUUGCACAAAGUAUAUGCAUGGACAACAUGUCAAGGAUUUAUCAAAGUUGAAUCGCGAUUUAUCGAAGGUAAUUUUCAUUGAUGUUGAUGCAAAGGCGGCUCAAUUGAACCCUGAAAAUGUAUUGCUUGUCCCUGAAUGGAAAGGAAAUAUGGAUGACACCUCACUUGUAGAUCUUGCGGAGUUGCUUAAAACUGUUCAUUUAUCCGAUGUGGAGGACGUUCGCCCAACAUUGCAGUAUUACUCGCAGUUCCCAGAUCCAGCAAAAGAAUUUCGAAGAAGAGCAAUUUAUUUAGCGGAACAAGAACUACAGAAAAAGCAGCAAAUGGAGGAAGGAAGUCACUCAUUGCUGAAGAAGUAUUCGGGUCGUCUCUUUGGUUACAGACGACAUGCUCCGACGUAA